AUGGAGGAUAAUAUGGCUGCUGGUGCUUCAAAUGCUCAUGAUGAUGAUGAUGAUGAUAAUUACAUCAGGGAGCAAGAGCGAUUAAUGUUGCCAAUAGCAAACGUUGGCAGGAUCAUGAAGCAAAUAUUGCCACCAAAUACAAAAAUCUCGAAGGAAGCCAAGGAGACGAUGCAAGACUGUGUGUCGGAAUUCAUUAGCUUUGUCACCUGUGAGGCAUCGGAGAAGUGCCGGAAGGAAAGGCGAAAGACUGUGAACGGCGACGAUGUCUGCUGGGCACUGGAAACACUUGGUUUCGAUGAAUAUGCCGGGCCAAUGAAAAGGUAUUUACACAGAUAUAGCGAACACGAUCAAGCAGAUCAUAGAGCUAAUCAAGAAAAGGGUUAG